AUCAGCAGCUGCUCAAUCCGAUCACGCCCACGCCCCCUUCACCAGACUGUCCAUCCUGCUAUUUACCUCCACUCAGCACAUUCAUCCAUAUUGAAAGCCCACAAGCCCGGUGAAAGAUAGAGUGGGAAACUUAAUUUUGGUCUCACUCACUUGUCCACAGAGAAGAGGAGGCUUUGCAGCAGCCCAACUACCUCGCGAAGGCUUGCAGGGCCAGAUACAUUGGCGAUUCUCUUUCCGCUUUGCUCGUCCUCGUCCUCGUCUGGGAUCGCUCAUCAGGAUGUCACGAUUGGAGCUUCUUUCGGCUGGUCAGCUGCGUCUAGAUUCCCGAAGGCCGUUAGAGCUGCGUUCUUUAGCCGUCCACAUUUCUCCUUCAGCCUCUUCAUCCGCACAAGCAGCAUCGAACACCUCUCUAGCGCCAGUAUCAAAUCUCACGAGCGCAUCUCCAUCAGGAUCGGCAAGAUUAGAAAUGGGCCUGACCAGCGUAUUGGUUGAGGUACAUGGGCCUAGGGAGAGGAGAAGCGGGACUUUUUCUGGCAUGGGAAGCUCAGUCCAAAAGGCUCAUUUGGAUGUUGAUUUUGCUAUCGACCCGCAUGCGGGAAAGGAGCGGAGAAGGAGAGCGAAGGGAGACAGACGUUUGACGGAGCUGGCGAAUACUAUCAGCGCAGUCUUUGGACCAGUCGUGCACACGCAUCUAUACCCACGCUCCGAGAUCGCGAUAGAUGUGCUGGUAGAGGUGGAUGAUGGAGGUAUGCUGCCUUGCGCCAUCAACGCAACCUCGCUCGCAUUGCAAGACGCCGGAAUAGCUUUAUCGUCUCCAGUGGUUUCUCUCACGUUAGGCUACCACCUCUCUCCAUCCGCCAUUCUUCUCGACCUGACAAAUCAAGAGACACUAUCUCUUCCCUCGCUCACGCUGGCCCUGCUCGCAAAUACUGGCGGAGUGGUGCUAGCUCGAUCGGAAGAUAGGACACCGCUCGAAGCAACAUUAGCCAUGCUAGAUCUGGCACAAGACGCUGCGAGCAUAUUGGCACACGAGCUGGAUGUGGCCGCUAGAGACAGAACGAGGAAGCUGGUCACGGCUAUGGGUGGCCAAGAGUCUUCCAAAGUGGAUGAAGAGUUCGAUGCAAUGGAUGUAUGACAUGGGCUGAUGCUG